GCUUAGGCGUACUUACUUGGGUCGGGUCCGUUAUUCGCACAACAGAGAGUAGUAGGGAGAGAGAGAGUGUGGGGGAGAGGGAGAAUGGAGACGAAGACGAAUGAAGAAGAAAGGAAAACAACGGUAGAAGAGUUGGAGGGAUCAGAGAUAGAGUACUUGAGCUAUGGGGGUGAACAUCACUUACCCCUUAUCAUGCGCCUUGUCGACGAAGAACUUAGCGAACCCUACUCCAUCUUCACCUACCGAUAUUUUGUCUAUCUCUGGCCCCAACUCUCUUUCCUCGCUUUCCAUAGAGGCAAGUGUGUUGGAACUGUCGUUUGUAAAAUGGGAGAGCAUCGCAAUACUUUCAGAGGUUAUAUUGCAAUGCUCGUCGUCCUCAAGCCUUACAGAGGCCGUGGCAUCGCUACAGAACUUGUGACCAGAUCUAUUAAAGUGAUGAUGGAAUCAGGUUGUGAAGAGAUUGUAUUAUUCCAUUCGAAGAAGCAUGCUCUGUUUUGCUGUGGUCUUUCAAUUUCUAUAGACAUCCUCUGCACUGUAUUUCUGGUUACUUUGGAAGCAGAAGUUACAAAUAAGGGUGCACUUGCAUUAUAUGGCCGUCUUGGGUUCAUUAGGGCAAAAAGGCUUUUUCGGUACUACUUGAAUGGAGUUGAUGCUUUUCGACUAAAGCUAUUAUUUCCCCGCCCAGAGUUUCAGUCCUCUCUGCACAUGAUGGCAGACAGGAAUGAGAACCAUGGGCAAAAAGAUAUCAUACCACCUGAAGAGAGGUCUUUGCUCGAAGAAAGCUUUUAACUUAUUUUCGUACUCAUAAAUGUUUUAUAACCGACUUUCUUUUUUCUAGGGAAGGGGAAAUCACUUACUUUCGUUGUAUUGUUAGAAUCAUGAUAGAUAUCUUAAUAUUCUCUGUGACACAAUGUAGCUAUUUGAGAUGUAUUUCCUUGGCAAUUGGCAUAAUGUUGAUUUCUUUGAAAUUGAUGUUUCUGGUGGGUCAA